GCACACAAACCAGACUGUGUGCAUUAAUGGAGUCUAUACCCCAAGUUAACUUUUACUAUGGCUAAAAAGAAAAUCUUUACUGUGGCCGUUGUAUUGGCAGUUGUGGCAUCAUUGGCUUCUUUGACCCAAGCCGAUAUGGUAGAGAAGUCCUUGAUGCAGGAUCUUGCCAACCAUUUUAAGCGACUUGGUGCUACCACUCUAUGUGCUGUUGAUAAAUUCGAUGGUGCUGAUGUUCCCAGCAAGGUAGACAAGGUCAUCGAAGUAGGCGUGGGUAAUUUAAGGCAAUUUCUGGGUAAAGUCUUAUCCGGUGAGGAAUACAUUAAACAAUCGAUACUUAGUGUCAAGACAGCCGCAAUAGAUAUGGGUGGAACCCAUUCAAAAUGUGCAAACGUCUCUACCGAUUAUAUUGCCAGCAAUACUCCAGUUAAUGGUUCGGAAUUAUUUGCCACUGGCAAAGUACAGCUGAAAGUCAGUGAAAAUUUAUCAUGCGUUGUGCAAAAGGGAGAUGAUGCAGCUCUUGAUAAGGUUCCAUACUUUUAUGCCAAGAUCAUCAACAAUAUUGCGGCCGACGAAAGUGAUAAUCAGGUUAAUAAGUUGAUCAGACACGAAACGACAUUGGCCAGUGAUUUGGGAGGUUUAGCUUCCUGUUAAAUCGUCGGAGAAGGAAGACAUUUCU